CUUCUAAAUUUCAUACAGUUUUAAACUUGGAUUUAUAAUAUUAAUUAUAAUCAAUCAAUUUUGUGAACGAAAUGAAAUGAAAUGAACAACUUGACGAAGGUUGACCAACUAGCCACUACACGGCUUAUUUACAACCAAUUUCUAGCAAUUGACCAACUGGUUCGCCGAUAAAUCAAUGCGUGCAUAGGACCCUUAAGUUGGUCAACUCGCUUUUCAAUUUUGGGCAAAAAUAAUCGAUUAAUAAUACCACUUCCAGAGGUCGCCUUCGGCGUUGUAAAAUAGAAGAUGCCCUGUGAUUGGCCUAGGUGCAUAAACCGAAAUCGGCGGUAAAAAUGACGAUACGGCCAUCGUCAGCCAUUAUUAUUACUGAGUCCAGCGAGAUUUUGAUCUUAAAACAUAUGGUAUAUCGAAGAGAGCGACCAGAAGAAGCGUAAAAGAUCGAAUUCUCCAGCAGUCGUGAAUUCUGGCGGACCAAAUUAUCAAAUGGCAUCCAUUUACAUCCAGUUAUGCUUGGAUUGAUUUUACGUCAUUUGUCCAGUAAUAAAUUUCUUUUACUCCUCAUAUUUGUUCUAAAUUUACGUGAUUUCUUGGAACAACUACACACCUACGAAUUCAAGCGUUAUCCUCUUGAACAAAUUUAUAGUAAAAGUCAAAUUAAACAGUGUGAAGUGAUAUUCGAAAGUUUAGAAUAUGAUUACCAAUCGAGUACACACAAUAUUUUUAGCCAUUUGUUGGCCAAAACCGGAAGUCGCAGAAAAACUCAGAUAUUUCGCAGCAAAAGCGGUGUUAACAAAAUCAUAGCAAAAAGCUAUCCGAAAAGUCUGGAAUUUAUAAAACUUCUCAAUUUUCCGCUAAAUCGAGAACUAUUAAAGAGAGAGUUCCACCUGCAAGCACCGAGCUUAGACUUUCAAUUCUGUCCCCAUGAAAGCAUACAGCGUUUUGUAAACUUUUUCAGCACCACGAGUGGUUACAACGAAACAACGGUUUGGUUGUUUAUGCUCACUAAUGCGCAGCUGAUCUUGCAACCCUAUUUGCAGAAGCAUGGCUUUCCAGUGCCGCAAACGUUUGGUAUAUGUGGAUUUACCGCUUAUCAAGAGCAUGUUGGACAGACGGUGGAGCACUUCUACCCGGCAGAUUUCCAAAUUAAACUACGAAUCGUAAGGCAACUACUUGAGGCAGCUUUAAUAUUUACAAAUGGCUUUGAAGGAUAUCGCAUAUAUAUAACCGAUCUGACCUCAGACAAUCUAGUUUAUAAUGUUGAACGUGAUAAACUUUAUUUCGUUGACUUGAAUACAGUGUAUAUAGUGGAUGCGAACAGCACAAUUGAUAGUGAUGGUGUUGAUCAUCAUGACUUAAUUGCGUGCGACAAUUGUUUUGCAUUCGUACCAGAUCGUUUGUGUACGAAUGGGUUAAGCGAUUUGAAUGUGCUGGAGUCUUGUCUCUUUAUUCGCGAGGACUUGAAAGGGGAUCAAACAAAAGGCUUCUUAAAACCAAUACCAGCGGAAAUGGAGGUGAAAUAUCCGAAUUUGGUGCAGCUACUAGACGAAUGUGUCGAAGGUGCGACAUAUAAAGAAAAUUCCAGCGUCAACAGCAACAACAACAUCGGCAACUACAAUAUGUCGCGUUUCAUGGCAGCUAUUAAGUUAAUUGAAUUGUUAACGAAUAUUUCAGGUGAAAAUUAAGCGAUUUACAGUAUAAGUGAAAAUCCAAAGUGCACUUUUUAAUAUUAGAUAUACACUGGCGAUCAUGUUAGAACUUACCACCACUAUUUUUUAUUUAAAAAAAAAAUGCGUUAGAAUCUCGUACAUUAAUAAAAAAAUAUAUUUUUACUUAAUUUACGAAGUUCUACCUCAUUCAAAAACAAAUGGGAGUAAGUUAUAUUUAUGUACAUAUCGUUUGUACGAAAGUCCAGUUAUUACUCAUUUAAAUCCUAUUAGAACUUAGAAAUAACUGCUACAGCAUAAAACUAGUUAUAAUCUUCAAUAAAAUACAGAGUUUAUAAAGAAUUUGGAGCUAAAGAACUUGAUUUUCUAUUAAGUAUUUAAUCACUCC